GUGGUAUAGCGUUCUGUAGAAGCGAGCGUCGCGUGCCCAGUGUGCCCACUGCGAGCGUGUCUACGGUCUGCCUCGGCAUCGUGCCAAUUGCCAACUCGCGCUACUCAGUCGCGCGCUUAUUCCUCGUACGACACGACAUUGCACGAGACUGUCGCAAGGAUUCACAGUCGCGCGCCGGCCGUAAAGCGAGAUAGACGUGUAUGAUUCAGAACUUUCCAAAUUUGCGAUAAUGCAGUGACUUUAUAUUAGUGGAGUGCAGUAACAAUGGUGACUGGUAUCGCUGGCAGCCCUCAACAGGGCGUAUCCAACCCUGUCGUGGUGAUGAACGCUGUCAAUAAUUCAGGACAAAAUGAUCAGAAAAAAUCAAGUGAUAAUAGAAGGAGUAACAAGCCAAUUAUGGAGAAGAGACGUCGGGCGCGCAUCAACAACUGUCUCAACGAGUUGAAAGCGCUGAUCUUAGACGCGAUGAAAAAAGAUCCAGCUAGACAUUCGAAGCUCGAAAAAGCCGACAUAUUAGAAAUGACAGUGAAGCAUCUAGAAGGUCUACGGUCAGAGGGUGCCGUUUCACCGGACAAGUUCCGGGCCGGCUAUAGACAGUGCGUCACAGAGGUGGCAAAGUUCCAAGGCAUGGAGCCUGCAUUGCGGAGAAGGCUCGUCAGGCAUUUGGAAACCUGCGUUAAUAGCACUUCUGGAACAAGGCCUGCAAGUGCACCCACACCGCCUUCGGAUACAGACGACCCCGGCAACCAACAUUCCACAAUUUUCAUUGCUGCGGGUCCCGGUUCCGGUGUGCGUUUGCUGCCAACACGUCUCUCUAACGGCGAUAUAGCUUUAGUGUUGCCCGCGGGUGUGACGACUAGCGCUAUAGGGGGGCUACCCAACUUAGUGCCGCUGUCACCAAGAGAUGCAUCGUCUUCAACAUCAGAACAGAGAUGCUACUCGCCCGAGAGUUCUGGUUGGGGAACACCCCCUCCUUCCUCGGAGGAUGCAGCACCUUUAGCAUUAGUCACGAGAAAGCAGCCAGAAGAAAAACCCUGGAGGCCGUGGUGACACCCCUAUCGUUCCAAGUUUCUUUCUGUGAUAUUGUACGUAAGUUUUCUGUCAAGUUGAUGGAGUUGAAGUUCCUAUGUGCCCACAAUUGGCAUUAUUAUGAGUCUGUGCGGUCAGUUUGUGUGAUAAUUAGUGUUUAGAGAUAAUUGAAAUUUUGUAUUUAAAAGAAAAUUCUAAGUGUCAUAUUUUAUUUUCCUUCGUGAGACGUCUAUGUUAAGGAUUGAAAUAAAUCACUUUUACAUUUCCGUUGCACUUCGUAAAUAAUGUAGAUAUGUAAAAUGUAGUGUGUAGGUAGCUUUCGAUAAAUUUUAUUUUAUUUUAACAAAGAGCAUGUUCAUAUGGAUGAUUAAAUCGACGCGAAUUGUAAACAAUUACAAUGAGGAAUAGCAAUUUCAAUGCUGAAAAAUAAUUACAAAUACAUUAUGAAUAUCAAGUUACAUAAAAGAUUUAAACGUCCAUAGUGAAUUUCAUAUCACUAGUUUUAUAAGAUGUAUAUUUGUUGAUGACAUCUGUGGCAGUAUUUUACUAAUGGACUUGUUGUCCUUUAAGGAUCUAUAACUUCGUAAAUCUAGAAGAUAGUGCCAUAAAAUCGUUUGUAAAUAUUUAUAGCGUAGCGAUAGUCCCUUUUAUGUUUUAUCUGUGACCAUUAAGGCUCAUUUACGCUGGUUGUUAAAACGAUGUCGCCUGGAGCACCUUUCAAGACGACCAACACGGAAUAAAUGGCAGUUCGUUAAAAAGAUUGAAGCCGUUUUUAACUGUCGAGAUAAUGAAUUCAAAGCAGGCAUGAUGAGAAUUAAUUUCAAGUGCCUUAAACAGCAAAAUCACUUAGUCUUCCAUGAAUAGGUUAAGUUAUACACUAGCUGUACGUGUAAAUGUAGACUUAACAUAGGCAGUAAACUUUUUAUCAAAAUAACGUUGUUAUUAAUUAAAUAAGACGUAAAAUAAUACAGAUCAUUUAUUUAAUUCGCUUGUUGUUCGUAAACUUGAUUCAUUUAAAUGCGAUUUAGAAAAUAUACUCUAUCUUCUCUUCUCUUCAUACAUAAAUAUUUCACAAAAAAAGUCGCGUAUUCGUUAUAUUCUCAAUUUGGAAAAUUAUUUGUAAGUAAUUUAAUUGAAUGACUAAUUACGAAAAUUUUAAAACACUGUGGAUUAGUUCCAUUAAUAUAUUAUAGAUGUAAACUCACCUUGAUUUUUAGAUAGCUUUUUUUAAUGCUCAAUUUUAACCAUCAUAAUUAAGCUUCGUUACCGCCAAUACUAAGACACGUGUCUUCCUUUAUUUCAUAGUUACCGUUAACGGACAGUGAAUUGUUGAAAAAAUUAUAUUAUUAUAGUUUAAUUUACCACGUAAAGAUAUAUUUAACAUUUGCAAAUUUAGUAGUAGGUCAACCGUGAUAGGAAAGACAUGUAUGAUGUGCAAUCUCAAAUCGAAAAUAUUAUAAACUAUUUUGAAUUUAAACCGAAUUUUGAUGAAGAUUAUGUAUGUAUUAAGAGUUUAUGGCAGUUAAAUUACAUAUAGUUUUCAUAAAUUUUAACUAAUUGUAAUCGAGAAAUUGAAUCUUCAUCAAAUUGCCCUACUUAUGUCGAGAGAAACAAUUAAUCCUAAUGGCAUUAAUUCUCAUAGUAUUGUAAAGUCACAAAUUUAUUUAAGGUAUAAUAUUAGUUUAUUUUAUAAGAGAGAAUGCCGUCUAACAUUUAAUUUAUCAUACAUUUUAAAUUUACGAAGUGAUAUUAUUUAAAUGUAAAUAAAGUAAUCAUAAUGUAUGUUAUGAUAGCUCUUAAAAGAUAUGUCAUCAUUUUAAAAAUAAACAAUAUCUAAAUGAUCAA